AUGGCGAUAAAUGGCGAUUUAAUGCAACGGUUCCGUUCAUGGAAUGAUGAAUGGAGCAGUGUUGAGCAAUCAGGAGCACAUGCUGCUGCUGUGCUGCUUAACUCAACUGUAAGCCUGCUCAGUCUGCUCACUAUAGGAGUUGUACACUCUCUUUCUCGGCACAAUUACCACCUGUCAAAAUCACAAUCUUCACGGCUUCUUGCAAGCAGCUGGGUCCUUGUUGCGCUACUUCUCCUAGCCGAUUUUCUGCUCGUCCGAACGUCGCGAUCGCUGAUACUGGCUGUUCCAUUUCACCUGGCUCUACUGUCUGUAUUUCUGACGCUCAACCUUAUUAUCCAUCCUCUAAAUCUCAUACUUCUGAGCAGAAGUCGGUCAAAUUCCCAGGAACCCGAACGUGUACGAAUGCUUGAGGAGUCAGCUACAGCAUCAUUAUGGUUGCUGUUAAACAGUCUAUCAUUCAUUAUCAUUGUGAUGAUGGUAUUUUGGGAGACUAAGAGGAGUAGCAAGGAAGUUGACUCGAUCAUGGGCAUUGAAAUGGCCGCCUACUCAGUACACUGCAUCGCAAAUCCACUUAUAGCUGUUAUUCGCGACAGAAGACUAGAGGGCACACUAGCGCAUAUUCUAAUGCGGAAUAAGCGAACAACCGGGAAAUGCACAGUGCUUUUUACUCAAACGAAGAACAGCUUGCCAGACACCCGACGAGGAACUGAUAGUGGCGUUAAUGAGGGAUCCACCCCCACCCUACUCAACGUAGAGGACGUUGACAUUACGGCAUUUGUUCGCGGAUUAUUGUACAUUAUUGUAAAGUUAUCCAGACUUCUAUUAGCAACGAGUGGAGACGAGUAA